AAGAAGUACAAAGUUUCUAAUAAAUUAUCCUAAAUCAAAAGCUUCCGUCCCAUCAAACGGAACUGAAGACUCUUGUUAUGAUACCACUGCUAAUUCAGCUAAUAAUAAUUCAGUGAGCGGAUUUUCAUCUGCAUCACUGGGUAAUUCUGCAUCUAUACCUAGUGGUCUAGACUCUUUAUCUAAUCAAGUGGAUACGGCUGCGUCUGGAAUGAAUAUAGAUGGAUUUUCUUCUGCCCAAGGUUCUACCGGAAUGCUUCUUACGAUAGCAAAUAAUACUGGUGGAGUUUCUGUGUCAAGUGCUUCUACUGGGACUAGUUCAUUUGUCUCUGGAAGUGCUAUAAGUUCAGGUACAAGUCGUUAUUUGGCUGUUAAACGUCGUGUCAGUCAACAGUCACCAGUAAAUGACCAUGAAAUUGAAGAUGUACUAAAUGAAUGGGCAAAUAUGACUGGAUUUUUAUGUGCACUAGGUUCCGUAGCACUUAAUAUACCACCACUACCUCAAGGAUCUUCUUCACUUCCUUCACAAAUAGCUUCAUCGGGUUAUUCAUGUGACCAAACCAAAACCAAACCUCAACAAAUCCACUGUCCUCAUUAUCAUUAUUGCUCUCAGCAUUUAUUGGAUCAUGUACAUCAACAUUUUGAUCCUAAUUGUCUACGUGCAAACUAUUUCCUACAGUCUCAUCGCACUAAUUUUAUUAAAAGUACUAACGAUGUUGAUCAAACAGAUGAAUCUCAUAAAUGUCAUUCAUUUCAUGGCGCCUGUCUUAGUGAAUUAACUGCUGCAAGACGUCUUUCACUUGUUCAGUCUAGUUUAAAUCAAGAUAACCAAUUCUCACCCGUUGCUCAGUUUAUUGGUAAUCUUCUACUGCUUAUCAGUUGUCAACAUGAGAAAUUUGGGCAUCAAAUACAAAAACAUGUUAAAGAAUCAAUUGGAAAUGAAUUAAAUCCCUUGAUUUAUCCAAUUUUAUUCAAUCAAUUACGUAAUCAUGUGGAUGCAUGUUUUUCAGGACAAGGGCAACAACAAGUGGUUGUCACAGAAACCAAUACAUUAUUUAUUGAAAAUGUGAUCUUUAUUAUGCGUAGUAUAUUAGAUAAACGAACUAAAUCGGUUGAUCGAUUAAGUGAUCAUUUAGAAUUAGUUAGUAUAGAAAGUCUUAUGUUAAAUAUUGUUAGGUACGUUCGUCAUUUGGAAUGUGUACAUUCCCUUCAGAUAAAGAUUAAAGUUUGUCAAUUAGUACAGAAAAUGAUGGCCAGGCGUGAAGAUUUAGCAUUUAGACAGGAGAUGAGAUUUCGAAAUAAAUUAGUAGAUUACCUUUGUGAUUGGAUCAUGGGCAGUAGCUAUCAUCUUAAUCUUUCCGUACAAACAAAUUACUUAGCUAAUAAUUCAACAGGAACAACAAUCACAACAACAAUGUCUACUGCUACUACUGUUGCUUCUUGUAAUAACAGUAACGUUUCCGGAGUGUUUGGAUUAUCAAAUACCUCAGUAGCUAACUCUCUUACAUCAGAAUUCAAUGAAAACAUUUCCUUGUCUAACUCAUCACUAGUGAAUCCACCAAUUUUCCUCCCAUCCGGAGUAGGCAUACCCAUAAGUCAAAGCCAGAAUAAUUCUAUUGCGAUAACAAGCCACAAUGCACAAUUAGCGUAUUCAAACAUUGUACCUAGCAGUGGGAUCGGUGGAAUGGUUGUAAACUAUGGUGGUGUUCAUGGUAACAUUACUGGUUAUCAGGGUGUCCCAUAUUGCGGCCCGUUAACGUCAGGGAACUUUGGACUGAUGAACUAUGGAUCCCAAAGUCAGUCAUCAGUAAAUGCUUGGAAUCGAUCCGAUAUCUUGGAUUAUAAUUGUGCAUGGGAUAAUGCAACACCGAAUUCAGGUAUUGGUGUAGGGUUAAUUGCUCACGGACCAUUUUCUAACAGCCCAUUUUCACCCUAUUUUAAUACUUCAGAGUUAACUAGCUUCAGUAGUAUGCCAUAUGGAACUGUAAACAAUAAUCGACUUGUAACUGGUGGAUUAAGUUGUAUUGGACAGUCACAAUCUUGGAACGUUGCAAAUAGCAAGUCAACUGCUUUGUCAGGAGCAACGUCAUGUCAAAAUUACAUAUCAAACAGUGGUAAUUCUUUAUCUACUGUUUCUAGUUCAUCUGGAUUUAACAGUAUUAGUGGUCAAAUCAAUGUAAUGAAGUAUGGAAGUAAUAUACCUACAUCCAAUGUUAGUAGUAUAUCUUAUUCUGGACAAUCGUCUGUCGCAAGUAUUUGGUCAGGUGCAAGUGGCAUCAAUUAUGCUUUGUAUACAGGAACGAACACUACUUCAGCUCAUGUACCAGCCAUUGCAGUCUCUGCUGUCACAACUUUAAGUGUUGGAGGUUAUUCUUCCAAUGUUCCAAAUAUAACUUCAACUGCCGGUAUAGUAGCACAAACUGCCGCUCAAACAAGGGAAUUAGAUCUUGCAUGUAUGGAAGCUGUAGCUGCAUUACUCCAUGGUAUGCCAUUGCAACCAGAAGAAAUUGACCGAGCAGACUUAAUGGAUGCUAAAUCUCAUUUGUUUGCUAAAUAUUUCUCACUUUUUAUGAAUCUAUUAAAUGAUGUGGCAGAUGAUCGUGAAAAAGGUGCUGAAAUAAGACAAAAUCAUACAGCUUUACGUAAUGUUACAGUUCAAGCAAUGUCAAACCUUUUAAAUGCUAACAUUGAAUCUGGAUUAGUUCACGCGAUAGGUUUGGGUUAUCAUAGAGAACCACAAAGUCGAGCUGCAUUUAUGGAAGUUCUGACAAAAAUUUUACAACAAGGCACGGAAUUCGAAACUCUUGCAGAAACAGCUUUAGCUGAACGAUAUGAGCGUUUAGUUGGUUUAGUGACUAUGGUUGGUGAAAAUGGAGAACUUCCGAUAGCUAUGGCUCUUACCCAAGUUGUUUCUUGCAAUAAUAUGGAUGAAUUAGCUCGAGUUCUCGUGACAUUAUUUGAUGCUAAACAAUUACUAUGCCAAUUAUUUUGCAAUGUAUUUUCUAAAGAGCUGGAAUCAGCUGAUAGUAUGCAAGCACCAUUACGUGGUAAUACAAUGACAAGUAAAAUAAUGAACUAUUGUUUUAAACAAUUUGGACGCGAUUAUUUACAAUCGGUGUUAGGUCCAGUACUUAUGGAGCUAGUUAGACGAGAUGCCGGAAAUUCAGGUGCUUAUGUAACUUUGGCACCGCCGCCACCACCACCAGUGAUAGCUACAAUUGUAGGAAAAAAUGAUAUCAAUAAUAAACCAGUCAACACUAUCAAGAGUGACAAUAUUCCUAACUACAACUGCAUGCAACUAUUAGGUGAAAUGUCAUCAAUUAGUACGAAUGAAUUGUUGGAAGAUAUAACAAAAUUCAAUCAAAACAAAUCGAACUUAUCCUACGAAGUAGAUCCAAGACUUUUGCAAUCAAAUGAAAAUCUGGAAGAUAAUCAAAACAACUUGAUUUUUGCAACUGAAUUAUUAUAUAAUAAAUUAAUUAAAUCUGUGGAUAGUUUCCCAUCUAGAUUACGAUGUAUGUGCAGAUGCUUAUACAAACUAAUUGGUCAUUUAGGCUAUGGAAAUCAAUCUACUGAUCAAGCAUUAAAUGUUUUGUCGACAGUUGUAUUUUUACGAUUUAUUAAUCCAGCUGUUGUAUCUCCGUAUGAAAGCGGAAUAUUGGAUUUUGAACCGCCAAGUCGUGUUAAACGUGGUCUUAUUCUGAUUGGGAAAAUGAUGCAAAAUAUUGCAAAUCAAUUACUAUUUACCAAAGAGCCGCAUAUGCGUAUAUUUGAUUCAGUUCUACAGAAACACUUUGAAUCAUGUCGACAGUUCUUUAAAUCGAUUGUUGAAGAGUCUACGAAACCUGAUAAAUCGUUGGAUCCUUCUACAUUCAACGGACUAUUAGAUCCUUUAAUAAACAACACUAGUCAGUUAGUUGUCUCCUCUUCAUGGUUAUCCGGUGCAUAUCCUAACUCAUCAACUGCAAAUCCUCUAGAAGCUAUUGCUCCACUAACAAGUGAUAAUGUUUCUUCAGUAUCAGUUUGUACAAAUACAGGUGGUGGUGGCGGUGGCGUCGGAGGAGGUGGAGGAAGUUGUAUGAUUUCUUUUAUUUCCGAUGAUCUUAUACAUGCUUUACAUCGAUUAUUAUUUACAAAUCAAAGUAAAAUUGGUGAUUACCUAGCUAGCAAUCGUGAUUGGAAAGCUGUUGGCAGACAACCAUAUGACAAAAUGGUAACUUUAUUGGCACAUCUAGGUCCACCUGGGCAUAAAUCUGUUGAUUGUAUGUGGAAUUACUUGGAUAUACCAUCGACGAGAUUAGAAGACUGGGUACUACGGGGUUACCAGUUUCGUGACAGUGAAGAAUUUAAACAUUUGAAAAAUGUGAAUGCAUUUUACCAAGCUGGUAUUAGCCGAUUAGGCAAUCCAGUUUUUUACUACAUCGCUAGGCGAUAUAAAUCACGAGAGUAUCAGCGCGUGGAAUAUCCAUUCAUUAUAUGUCUAGUUUCAAUGACAUUAGAUGCUUAUCGUAAUAAACCUUUUGAAGUUGUCAUUGAUUUCACUCAUACAUCAGUUGAAAACCGAUUUAAGAAUGACCUUUUAAACAAAUGGGCUAAUAUCAUUGGGCCAGUUCUACGUGAAUAUCUUGUUGCUGCAUAUAUUUACAAUUGCAAUUCAUGGGUUCGUGAAUAUACUAAAAUACACGAUCGGUUUUUCUCACCAAUCAAGGGUUCCAGAAAACUUGUUUUCAUUGAUCACCCAUCGCGUUUAAAUGAAUAUAUUGAACCGGACCAACAAAGACUUCCUGCUGGAACAUUAGUUUUAGAAGAAGAUUUACGUGUUUUUAAUGGAGCUUUGAAAUUAUCGCAUAAAGACACGAAAGUAGCUAUCAAAGUGUGUACGAAUGCUAUUCAAGUUACUUCAACUGAAAAAACGAAAGUUCUUGGUCAUUCAGUUAUUUUGAAUGACGUUUAUUAUGCUUCAGAGAUCGAAGAAGUUUGUUUAGUUGAUAACAACCAGUUCACACUAACUAUUUUAAAUGAUAAUGGUCCAUUAUCUUUUAUACAUGAUGCAUGUGAUUCCAUUGUUCAAGCUAUUAUACACAUACGUACAAGAUGGGCAUUAUCUCAACCGGAUACACCAGCAAUUCAUGCCAAGAUCAAGCCACGUGAUGUUCCUGGAACUUUGCUAAAUAUAGCAUUACUUAAUUUAGGCAGUUCCGAUCCAAAUCUGCGAUCAGCUGCCUACAACUUACUUUGUGCUUUAACACAAACAUUUAAUUUGAAAAUCGAAGGACAAUUACUAGAAACUAAAGGAUUAUGUAUUCCUGGGAAUAAUACACUAUUUAUUACAGAGAUAAGUAAUCGUCUAGCACAAUUAGAACCACAUUUAACAUUAGAAUUUCUUGAAGAAUGUAUACAAGGAUUUAGUCGUUCAAGUAUCGAAAUGAAACACUUGUGUUUAGAAUAUAUUACACCUUGGUUACCUAAUUUAACACGUUUCUGUCGUUCGGAUGAUGCUAAACGACAAAAAGUAAAUGUUAUAAUUGACAAGUUGAUUACUUUAACAAUUGAAGAAGAACAAAUGUAUCCGUCUAUUCAAAUAAAAAUUUGGGGAAAAUUAGGUCAAGUUCCACAACUUUUGGGACUUGUUCUAGACAAUUUUAUACAACGUUCUGUUAGUUGUGGAUUAGGCAGUUUACAAGCAGAGAUAAUGGCUGAUACAUCAGUUGCGCUGGCAGCUGUAAACAAACAACUUGUAUCGAAGAAAGUAUUAUCUAAACUGUGUCGUUUUAUUGAAAAGACAUGUUCUGCUCCAACAACCCUAUUGGAACAACAUCCAUUGUGGCCAGAAACUGCGCCAUUGCUACGGUAUUUAUUAAUGUUAUCAUUCAAUAAUUGUUUAGAUAUAUGUACACAUUUGCCUCGGUUAUUUCAUAUUGCUACUUUAUUGGUGUGUACUGGUCCACUAUCUCUGAGAGCAUCUGUACAUGGAUUUGUGAUCAAUGUUAUACAUUCAUUGUGUACUUCAUCUUUAGCUAAACAAAUUUCUGAAAAAACAGUUCAUCAGCUUCGUCAACUUCUUGCAGAAUUUACUCUGCCCAAAUUCUAUGAAGUGUUUGGCAUACAACAUGUUAAAUGUGCACCUAUUAGCGCAUUUCCACAUUUUCGUCCAGGUGAACGAUCUGGUUUAAUAAUUGGAUCAGCUGGACCUAAUAAUUCAUCUCAUACAGGCUCUGUGGCGUUAAAUAUUCCACCGCUUACCGGUCAUAUUGGAGUUAUAUCAAACCUACAUCAUAGUCAAGGGAGUAGUAGCAGUAUUAGUAGUAAUUGUAGCGGUGGUACAUGUACAUCAAUGUCAGUUGAUGGUGUAGAUUUAAUCAGUGCUAAAAAAGAUACAAGUUUACAAAGUUCUGAAUUGAAAAAACCAGAAUUCACUCGAAAUACUCAUCCAGUUUUAGUAAGGAUUAGUGAUAAUUGUGAAGAGACAAACCUUUAUCAACGAAUGAUACCAACAUCUAUUGAAACAUCUCAACGUACCAGACAAAUUAAUGAUUCCUUAGACAAUUAUGAACGAAAUCCAUAUAAUCAUCCUCACCAAAAACAACAUUCAUUUUCAACUGACAUGUUCAAUUUAAAUCCAGGAAAUAAAGCUAAUUCCACUUUCUCUGAUAAUUAUUCAUUAAGAUUAAAUCAAACAGGUCAAUUUAUUGUACCGCAUUUAUUUAAUCCUUGUACAAGCGUACCAUCAUCAUCAUAUUUACCAAAUCACGCGAUAUCACAACCUUUAGAUAGUUUAGAUAACAAACCUGAACGUUUAUCAUUGAGUUCAUUGGAAUUUCUUACUGAUACAUUAUUAGAAAUUAUGAGUUUAGUUAUUAAAGAAGUGCCGAAAUUUACUCAUUGGCUUGAUCAAUGGACACAAUUAGCACGAAAAUUCGCUUUUCAACAUAAUCCAGCCUUACAACCUCGUGCUAUCAUUGUUCUCGGAUGUAUUUGUAAACGUUUUACUGAUACGGACAUUAAACAAUUAUUACGUAUAAUGUCUAGAGCAUUAGCGUCAUAUGCAAAUGAAUUGAACAUGGAAAAAGAUCUACGACAUAAAACUGUAAAUACUGGACAAGCAGAACUCUACCUCAUUGAAGCAAUAAUUAUUUGUUUAACAAGGCUGUUACCGCUACUGCCAUCAGAUUCGGAAACACAUCAGCCAUUAUUUUGGAUUGCAUUGGGUAUUCUACAAUUAGAUGAAGUUUCUUUGUAUGCGGCUGGACUAGCUUUACUUGAACAAAACUUAUUAACAUUAGAUCAGAAUGGAACAUUUGAACGUGAUUCAUUAAGCAGUAUUAUGAUGCGAUGUCGAGAACAAUUUAUUCUACAAUAUAAACAAAUGGAUCAUGCUGUUGGUCUUAGUUUCCGCGAUAGCUUUCAUUUCGCAUUAGUCGGUCAUCUAUUGAAAGGGUUUCGUCAUCCUGAUGUAAAAACUGUUGCUAGAACUAUACGUGUGUUGAAUCUACUAUUGGGUAUUACUGCAAAACCAAUUAAUCGUGAUAAAUAUCAAGUUAGUCACGAAAGUAUAGCUUAUCUAACAGCCCUGUUACCAGUAUCCGAAGAAGUACGUAAGCGAUGUCGAUUGAAAUUUCGUAUACCUGGUACACUUGUUGGUACAAAUGAACAAGAAUUAAAUAAAAAUUGUAAUAACAAUAAUAACAACAAUAAUACCACAAUGAUAACAAAGAAUUCUUCCUCUUUCACAAAUGCAACAAUAUACUCAACUAAUCAUACUGAUUGGGGUGGAUCUAAUGAAAGCUUACUUGAUACUUUAUCAUCACCUCAACAGUCGAAUUCACGUGGUCAUAAUUCAGUUAGUCUCAUCAAAUCAUUAUUGCCAAAUAAUUUUAUUCAAUCGAAUUUUAAUCAGAAAAUUAAUCGCCCACGAUUUGAGUCAAAUUAUACAAGUAACUUAUUGUCAUCAGACAAUAAUACAACACAACAACUGAUUCGUUUAUCAAACGAUCGUCAGAUAACAACUAAUACGAUAUCAGAGAUGAAUCAAGUCCAACAAUCAUGUCACCAGUUUCCUAAACGUCAUACAAUUUUAAGUGCAACAGACAGUUUGCGUUCACGUUCUAUUGAUGAAUGCAUGCCAAGUGGUAGUAUUAAUUCGAACACUGAACAACGAUCAGGUAAUGUUUUGAGUCAAAUUAGAGAUGAAACAGUCGAUAGUCAGAAUAUGAAUGGAAGCGAAUUUGAUGAUGUCAGUGAAGAUAGAAAUCAAAUUAAUCAACGGGAGCAGUUGUUACCUAACCCCAUUCAAACUGAACACAAGACAUCGACUGGAGUUCUUCUUGAUCCAAGUAUUCUUACAGACGAAGCAACUCAAGCUUUAACUAUUGCUGUACUGACGACUUUGGUACGUUAUACCACUGAUGAGAAUGAGUCAAGAGUACUGUAUGAAUUUUUAGCAGACGCUUCUAUGGUUUUUCCUCGAGUAUUUCCUGUCAUACAUAGUUUGUUGGAUUCAAAGAUUAAUUAUGUUCUAACACAUUGUCAUGAUCAAAAAAUUUUAAGUGCUGUUCAAAGUAUCAUACAGAAUAUGAUUGGUAAUGGUGAAACAUCUGUACAACAAUUACACUAUUUACAAAGUAUCGGUUUUGGAGGUCUAUGGAGAUUUUCCGGGCACUUUUCUAAGGCGAAUCAGAACGCUGAUACUGCUCAGUUAUUUGUGAACUUUCUUGAAGUUCUGAUUGAUUCACAUUUACCAGGAGAAGAUUUAAGGACUUCGUAUACACCAGUUUUAGGCUUAGGAAAUACAGGUCGAGCCAGUAAUCUCUCAAGUGAUUCCUCCUUAAGUUUAUCUAGUGUGCACGGCCCUAUAAAUGAAGUAUCAACUGUUUCUGUCACUUCUUCCAUUACAUCUGCUGUAACUACUGCAGCUACUAAUGUAGACCCAUCCGUAAACAGUGAAGACAGAGAUGGACCUAGUUCAAUAUCACCCAUUACUUUGGUCAACGUUCCAUGUGUUCUAUCAAAUAAUGAUUCUGAAGAACUGAAAACAAAUUUCUCUACUAUUGGCUCAACACCAAAAGAUCAACAAGAUUUAGAUUCUGAAUAUUUCUCUUCUAGAGGAAGAUCUGGGUCAAAUGUCAGUGGUUUUGAGCAUAUAAUAAAGUGAACAUUCUGGAUAGAUAAUAAACAUAUUCCCACAAUUAAUUGAAAUGUAAUACAUACUUUGUACACACGGCAUAUUCAUUUAAUUGACUUUAAUUACUCAAUCACUUAUAAUUACUGAUAUUAAAUACAAGACAAAUGAACACAAAUCAUUUUUUCAUGAUGCUAAAUGUUGAUUAAAAACCAAAAGAAGAUUUGUUUACAAAAGAAAAAAAAGUAUUCAUUCCUUUUUUCUUUCUCUUCUAUACUCUCUCUCUCCCUCUUUAUCUGUUUACUUUCACUACUUUUGAAUAAGUAGUUAACCAUUUUAUCUACUGUAUGUAUAACUGAAUAGAUUUCAACAUAGAACUAGAUACUUUCCUGAUCAAAUUACAUUUAUUUGUUCUUCAGAGUUUAUCUAUUAAGAUGGAAAGUUUUGUUCAUUGAUUAUUUUUUUUUUAAUUCAUUAUUUCCAAAGAAGAAAUUCCUAACCAUGUAUUACAUACUUGUCAACAUAAUUCUAAAUAAUAUUUAAUUUAACACAUCCGAGUGAAUUUCAAAUUCAUUUGUUUGAAUCUAUGACAAUUUAUUUAAUAUUACCGGAAAUUACAUUUUUAAACUUCAUUAUCAUCAAAUCUUUUGAGGAUAAAUUCAUUAACAAUAAAGCCAAUUUAUGCAUUUAACUAAUUUACGUGUAUAUUGUAUUAAAAUAUAAAAAUCUAAGUGUUUACAUUUCUAUACAUUUUUUUUCAUGAAAAAGAAUUAACCUAAACUUCUAUCUUAUUUUUCUUAAUAACAAACAAUCAUUGAAGAAAUAUUUCAAUCACUCUAUUCCUGACAACAACAAAAUGUUUUUGUGUAAUAGAACAUUACCAUUGUGCUUUCGUUCGUUGUCAUCAUUUUUAUUUUUAUUUUCUGAACAUUUACACUCAUCAAUCAAAUUAUAGUGUAUUUUGUUUUCUGUGCUUUUUUUGUGUGGUCUAACUUGUUGUUGUUUCUUCUCUUAGCUUCAACUUUAUUUGCUUCUUUUCAUUGGUCAAAUAAAAAAUAAUCAACAAAUUAUCUGGUUUUAUUUUCUAUCACUAUGUGACGACAGUUAUAAUGACUAUUAUUAUGAUUAUUCAACUAUAUACGCAUCGACCCAAACAUGAGUAAGAGUAAAGUUUCAAUGACCUAUUUUUAAUCUUUCUUGUCCAGAUUUGCUUAUUAUUUAAUUUCAUAUAACUGAAAAAUUCUGCAUUUCUAUAUUGAUGUCCUUGUGAGUGUUUGUGUAUAUUUAUAAUUGUCUAUUUGAAUUUCAGAAAGUAAUCAUCAAAAAAAAGACAAAGUAAAGAUGAUUUCAUUCAAUAUUUUUCAAUGUUUUCAUUUUAUAAAUUAUUAUAACUUGUUCUAUAUCAUUCUGCUUUUCAUUGUCUUUAACAUUUGAUGUUAUUUUCCAGUGCAUGUGUACUGUUUCACUUCUAUUAUAUUAUGGGAUAUCUGUGUGAACCCAUGAUGAGAAUUAUAGUGAUAAUCAAACAACUUUCCAUAAAUAAAACAUUCAAUUGAUGGCUG